CUGAGGCCGGCCCCUCUUUUCCUCGCCCACUUUUCCACCCAGGACACCACGACUCUCACGACUGCUCGCCCAAGAUGAUGCGCAAGAAGGUCAACUAUACUAACAUUACGUCCAUUCCCUCUUUUAUCCCGCGACAGCUCGCCAUCGACAUCCUCCACAGCCAUGGCGAAAUCAUCGAGCUGAACCCGCUCGUUCUCGGCUUCGAGGGCAUCAAGGCGCCGCGCGACGCGCCUGCCGACGAGUUUUAUUCGACAUGGUACGAGAUCACGGAGCGAAUACAGUACAUUCCGGGCGUUGGGAAGAUGGGAUCUGGCAAGAUCAAGUUCAAGGGCUGUUUUCACGACAUGCCCUGGGGUCUUCAGACUCACAUUUACGCGCCCGCAGGCGUAGACCUGCGCAAUAAAUGGCAGAUUUGCGGGAAUCAGCCUGGGGAGCCGCCCGAGACGCGCGAACUCGGGAUCGGUGCCCCACCCGAGGGGCUUUACCUACGCGAGGAUAUCGAGAUUAGAUGCAACAUGACCAUGGUUAGUUUUGUCAAGAAGGAGACCAAGGCGGCAUCGAAGAUCCUUGUCGAUCGACUCAUCAAGAAGGCGGAACUGCUGGAUUCAGGAAUCCUAUCGGCCAUGAUGGAAGGCGGAAAGUUGAAGACGUACAAUCCCGCAGACCGAUCUAGCCACGGCCCCUCCAGCAAUCCCCCAGGCUCUCCACUCCCAUCGCCCAAGCAGCCGUAUCAGGUACCGAUGUCACCGAUGCGGUCGCCGACUUUCCCGCACAACCAGAUGCAGAUGCAUGGCCAGCAACAACAACACCAACAACAAUACAUUCCGCCAAAUCACUCCCAAGGCCAGAACAACAUCGUUAUGGAACUUCCAGGCGACUAUUACCACCCACAACCAUCACCGAAUCAUCUACAAGCGCCCGAUCGAUAUUCUACCACCUCGGAGCUCUCCGGGAACUCGCCAAACCCAUCUGAGGGAAGGUGGUCGCAGGUGUCAAACGACUACCAGAGCUCUAUUAGCUCACGACCUAGCUCUUAUGCGUCAGAUGGCAUCCGAUCACCGGGCCUCGACCAGAAAGGGUUUGCCGCGGAACUUCCAACCAUGCAAGAGACAAAUGAAGAGCACGAGAACACCCGCAAGAAGCUUGAGGGCGAGCGAUACCCAGAAGAUCGCAAAUACAAAUACAACCCGCAAGAUUUCGUCAAUACGCAACCGCAGCAGCAAUACCAGGGCUAUCCGCCAUACCCUGCUUACAAUCCCGGAAGAUGAGUGAUUAUCUAACGAGUUGCCGACGGCCAUAGCACAUGAGGGAUGAUUACGCAAACGGAUAUAGCAAGGUGGUAAACGGCGUUGUUGGACUCGUGAUAUCAAACUGAGGCUUGGGUUCGACUUCUGGAUUCUCUGUACGAUUUAUAGCGGUUUCGAAAAAUGGUAUUUGGUCUGCCUUGCCCAUUCACCUUGGCUCUCUAAAGAUGUGAAGAAGUGCCGAACGUGAUUGACCGGCUUGCAGAUCAUGACAUCUUGAUCAGCCUCCGUCAUCAACGAUUGGCCAGACAGCAUUGGGGCGAGAAUUGCCGCCAAUCAGCGUCAGUUUAGUGUACAGUUUCUCUUUGUCACUCUUUAGGAGUUUCAAUGUUGCGCAAAGAGGAGGGGUUCGGGCCGCCGCCAUAGUCGUCAUGUACCCAAGGUUCUUUUCUCCACGGAGU